GUUCCCGCUGUCUCAGCCGCGGCGCCGAGGGGACACCGGCGUGACUGACUGACCGGCCGUCGGCGCCGGUAGCCGCCGCGUCCUGCCCGGCCCGCCUGGCCGGGGACCUGGGACCGAGUCCACCUUCCGCGCCCCUCGCCCUUCGCUCCGUCAGGCUCCCGGACGGCGAGCCGCGCUCCGGCCCUUCCCGGCGGCGCCCGCAGCCCCAGCCCGCGCCCGGACACAGGACUGAAAACAGUGAAGUCACAUUUCAUUGUUUAAAGACUAUUUAGAAGACAAGAUGGGGACUCCUGGUUCUGGAAGGAAAAGGACACCUGUGAAAGACCGAUUUUCUGCAGAAGAUGAAGCUUUGAGUAGCAUUGCCAGAGAGGCAGAGGCAAGACUGGCAGCAAAACGGGCAGCCCGGGCUGAAGCAAGAGAUAUCCGCAUGAGAGAACUGGAGCGGCAGCAGAAAGAGGAAGAGUCGGAAAGGGCCAGGCACUCCCACAGAUCCAGUCAUCAUCGUCCUUCUCUGGGAGUUGAGGAGGCACUGUCCAUUCGAAGUCUUGGCAGUCACAGGAGUCAUUCUUACAGUCACUCUUACGGAAUGAAGAAGAGAUCUUCUGGUUCUCAUAAAGACCCACUGAGUGGGCUCUACUUUGACCAAAGAAACUAUAGCAGUCUUAGACAUAGCAAACCCACCUCUGCCUACUGUUCUCGGCAGUCUUCCUCCUUGUACAGCGACCCUCUGGCGACAUCCAAGAGCUACAGGGUGUCAUUGUAUAAUGGUGGAUUAUAUAACCCUUACGGUUCUCGAACUCCAUCUGAAUACAGUUUUCACUCAUCAAGAACGAGUUCAUCCCGAAGCAGUCCUGUGUUUAUCGACGAUGACACUGCAAGCGUUGCGUCUUCUGGUUGUGCCAGCCGUGGGCGAAGGGACAGCGUGGUUUCUGCCGCUGAUUAUUUUAGUCGCUCCAAUCGUAGGGGGAGUGUCGUCUCCGACGUGGAUGAUGUGAGCAUCCCAGAUCUGACCAGCUUGGAUGAAAAAUCUGAUAAACAGUAUGCUGAAAAUUACACAAGGCCUUCAUCUCGAAAUUCUGCCUCAGCAACAACCCCUCUAAGUGGAAACUCAUCCAGGCGAGGAAGCGGGGAUACCAGCAGCUUAAUAGACCCAGACACCUCAUUAAGUGAAUUGCGGGAGUCUUUGUCUGAAGUGGAAGAAAAAUACAAGAAAGCCAUGGUUUCCAAUGCACAGUUAGACAAUGAGAAGAACAAUUUGAUAUACCAAGUAGAUACCCUCAAGGAUGUUAUUGAAGAGCAGGAGGAACAGAUGGCAGAAUUUUAUAGAGAAAAUGAAGAAAAAUCAAAGGAGUUAGAAAGGCAGAAACAUAUGUGUAGCGUGCUACAGCACAAGAUGGAUGAGCUUAAAGAAGGCCUCCGACAAAGAGAUGAGCUAAUUGAGGCCUUUGAGAAACUGAAAGAACACGCGGGCUGCCUCAGGAGCGAGCGGGAUGCGCUCCGGGAGGAGCUGGCCACCCUGAAGGCAGCGGCGGAGGCGGGAGAGAAACAUGGCCUAGUCAUCAUCCCCGACGGCACUCCCAACGGUGACGUCCACCAGGAGCCCGCAGUCGGGGCCAUCACCGUGGUGUCUCAGGAAGCCGCCCAGGUCUUGGAGUCGGCGGGGGAAGGGCCGCUCGACGUAAGGCUACGAAAACUCGCUGGGGAAAAGGAAGAGCUACUAUCACAGAUUAGGAAACUGAAGCUGCAGUUGGAGGAGGAGCGGCAGAAGGGCUCCAGGAGCGACGGAGGCACAGCCGGCGACCUGGCAGAGCUACAGAACGGCUCAGACCUGCAGCUCAUCGAGAUGCAGAGAGAUGCCAACAGACAAAUUAGUGAAUACAAGUUCAAGCUUUCUAAAGCGGAACAGGAUAUAACCACCUUGGAGCAAAGCAUCAACCGCCUGGAGGGGCAGGUGCUGAGAUACAAAACCGCUGCUGAGAAUGCGGAGAAAGUCGAGGAUGAACUGAAAGCAGAAAAGAGGAAGCUACAAAGAGAGCUCCGAACAGCACUGGACAAGAUCGAGGAGAUGGAGAUGACCAACAGCCACCUGGCCAAGCGGCUGGAGAAGAUGAAGGCCAACAGAACGGCACUGCUGGCCCAGCAGUAGGGCCCCGCCUGCCCCGGGGGCGACCUCCGCCCACCAACGCAGACCCCUUUCAGGACUGUUUGGGCUUUGUCAUUCAGAUAGCCACUUUGUAUUUUAUAAUUUAUGAGAGAAUGAAACAGGUUUGAAUCUUCAUGAAUGAACAUUUUGUGUGUAGUUGAUUCUAGACUAAGAACUAGUCCAUACCGUUACUUUUUUUCCGUAAUUUUAGAAUCAAGUUUACUCACCAUUUUUCCCCAGCCGCCUCAGUGACUGGGCCCGUUUCUGGAGGACAGCGGCUCAGCGCCCACUGAGAUACUUCCUGGAGACCUCAGAAACACAAGUGCCUUCUCCACGGUGCAAUUCAGACUACAGUGAUCUCCAGGGGCCAAGAGACACUUACCCUUAAUAUCAGGUAGCGUUUAUAUUUAGUGAAGAAACAAGUUCACAGGUGGGGAAUAUAUGUUUCACUCAAAUUUGUAUGUUUGGAGGAAAUAGCCUUUUUUGUAAGAUAUUUAAAUUUAUAUAAGAAAAUGUUAGAAAAGGAUAUGGGGAGUGUAUAUAAAACUUGUUUUAUUGCAUGGGGCAGGGGCGCCCAGGGCCUGUUGCUCUUAAAGUAAGAGUAGGGUCCUUAGUCUUCACAUCAGCUGUGCUGUAUCUUGUAAAGUAUUUUCAUCUGCUGCUUAUUUGUGGAAUGAAACCUCAGACCAGCCCAAUGGAGAAGGAAGGGCAGGCCAGGCAGGUGGAGGUCGGCCCGAAGAGUCUGUUAAACACACCCUUCUGCUGACUACAGUUGGCUACUGACACAUUCGUUCUGUUAAGAGGAGCCUUUAAAACAAAUCAUGGCUCUCACGCCCCUCCUCUCUCCUUAAGGAAGAAUAAUCUGAAACACAGAAUUUAAGAACUUUGGUCUCAUCCUUAAAGGUACCCAGUUCCGAGGGUUUUGCCGUGGAGUGUGUAGCCAUGUUGCAGUAUUUGUGAUUCUCUGUUGUUCUCAGAAUUGAGGUGGUUUCAUGGAAGUGAUUAUUGUAUCUUCAACGUGUUUACACAAAAAAUACGGGGGAAGUCUAACGAAUUAAGGCCACAUAAGAUAAAAUUAGACAUGAAACUAGAUAAUAAAGUUAACUUAAAUAUGAAUAAAAUCUCUAAAAAUUA